AUUUUUGACAGUUCUAGAACAAAGAACGGGACGAAGGAGGUGUCUGUCCUGCUCUCGCCACACUCGCCACAAAGUGAAAAGUCCCGAUGUUAUCCGUACUUACAAAUUGAAUCGGGCAGGGAAUCAACAUAGCUGAAAUCUGUUGGCGGAGCGAGUGACAGAGAAGAUAGUCUGCAGGGAACCGGAAACAGUGCGCCACCAUGAAUUCCCACCAGAUAACGGAAGCUGCCCUCAAUCGGUACGAAUCCGACAAGCGUGCAUGGGAAGACGCUAUAAGGGCCUACAGUGGGGCAGAUUCGUUGGACAUUUGGUUCAACUACAUUUGCUGGCUGGAGCAACACAAAGUGUUCGACAAGGACGGAGGAUUUCGGAAAAUUUUGGAACAAUGUUUGUCUAACUUUGAAAAUUUUGAAAACUACAAACAAGAUGUGAGGAUGGUGAAGCUAUGGAUGAAAUUUAUUGACAUGCAGGCUAAUCCGUUGAACUUAUAUCAAUUUUUGUACAAAAAGAAUGUUGGAACACAAUGUGCUUGUUUCUAUAUUGGCUGGGCGCACUAUUACGAUGCUGCCAACGCAUUCAAACAGGCUGAGUCCAUCUACAAUCUGGGUAUUCAAGUGAAAGCACAACCCAUGGAUGAACUUCAAGAGGCUCAGAACAAGUUCCGACUUUCGAUAGCCCAGAGGAUGUUGUACAAUGAUGCUUCGUCGAAGAAAAGAUCGGCGAAUACAUUGGUUGAGCAACGGCAGCAGAUUACAUCGCUGAGUCCCCCUCAGAAAAAGCUGAAAACCGAGGGUGGAGAUUAUUAUGCGCCACAGCAACAGCAGCAACAACAACAUCAACAGCAUCAGCCUCAGCCUCAGAACCAGAAUCAUGUUCAACCAACAGUUCAGCAUCAUCAGCAUCAUCCUCAACCACAGCCUCAACCUCAACCUCAGCAGCAAUCUCAACAACAUUAUAACCAUACAGGGUACUAUCAGCAGCAGCAGCAACAUCAACAGCAGACACCUGCUCCAACGCCAACCCCAGCUCCAGCUACAAUGACGGCUGAGCAGUACUACCAACAGGAUAAGCAAAACUCCACAUACUAUCAGAACAAUCAACAUCACUAUGCCCAGCAACAUCAACAGCAUCCCCAACAUCAAGUUCACCAAAACCCAACGCCAACACCUGUCCCAGUACAAUCAACUGUGGUGCAACAGCCCCAAACGCCAGUCCAGCAUCCCCUUCCUGCCCCUCAACGCCAAAUGCCACCGCAACAGCAGCAGCAGCAGGUUCAACAGCAUCCUCAGGUACAAGCACAACAUGUAGCUCCAGUUGCUACACAAUCACGACCGCCAGCGGUCCAACCUGUGCAGCAUCCACCCCAAGUUUCGAUGGUUCCUCAACCGCAGAUUCAGCAACAGCCCCAACCCCAGCCACGUGUUCCUUCUCAGCCGAUUGCUGAACCAGCAGCUCCGGUACAACCGCCGCCCACUCCACAAACUGUGCAAUCUCAACCCGCGGAGCAACCCGUUCAUCGAUCGGUCAUCAUCGAGAAUUACGCCCUCGGCAACGAGAGCCUCACCGAAUGCAACCUGAACAACUCCGCGUACGUCAUAUCGUCUUCGUUGAGCUACGUCUACGAUGAUGCCAAUCUGAACGACUACACGUUGGAGGAGCAAGCGGAAGAGAAGGUUGACACCGACCCGACCGGCAUUCGCCUACCGGCCAAUUUCGUUCGGGAAGCCCGUUCCAAUCACGAGCGGUGGGAUGUUCCCCUAUGCUUGGAGGAACCGUACGAGGCCAAUCGGAAGUGUUGCUAUCCGAAGGUUUUCGUAUACCCGGAUCUUCACACCGGUAAGCCAACGAUGGAGUUUUCGAUGGAGGAAAUCCGUGCUCGGAAGUGGUACCGACGGAAAGAGGAGCUAGAGGAGCAGAAGAGACUGAAGCAGCAACAGCUGGAAGCAGAAAAGCAACGCCAAGAGCGACAACGACAGAUGCAACUGCAGUAUCAGCAACAGCAACAGCAGCAACAGCAACAGCAACAGCAACAGCAACAACAACAACAGCAGCAGCAGCAAAUGAACUAUGGGCAUGCCCAGCAGCAUCCGGCUGCUGCUCAAAAAAGUUAUCCGCAGUCUAAUCAGUAUCAACCGAUCACUUUUCAACAAGCUGUUCAACAGCAAUCAAUGCAUCAGUAUCAACCGUCUUUGCGAGCAACCACUGUCGUUAGUGCUCCUUCCCAACCGGUAUCUACCAUACAGCAUGCAAGCCACUAUUAUCAGCCACAACAGCAGCAACAACAACAACAACAACAACAACAGCAUCAUCAUUCUGUCCAAGCCCAACCCGUACAGCAUUCACCAGUACGAGCAACUCAACAGCCUCCCGUACAGAACUGUUACUCGCCUUAUCGGCAUCCUUAUCCGCCACAACAGCAUCAGCAACAUCAGCAACCUCAACAGAACCAAUACCAACCACCGGCCCCAACUCCGAUUAUUCAGCACCCCGUACAACAUCAGCCUCCGGUGACGAGUCAGCCAGUCGCCACAUACCAGCCACAAUCACCUUAUCAAAACCAUUAUGGAGGUUACAAUCAGCCGAACUAUCAAUCUCACGGCCAACCAGUUCACCAGGCUGCUCCCAUCCAAGCACAAUCCCCACAUCAUUACCCACAACAUUCAGCCUCGCAAUCUCAUAAUCAUCACCAACAUCCGCAGCUCCAUCACCAGCAGCAACCGUUGCAUCCUCCUGUUCAUCAACAGCCACCAGCCGCCUUUCCACAUCCCGCUCAAGCCAAGCCUCAAACUCCUGUCCAGCAGCCAAUCUAUCAAAAACCUGCACCCCAACAGAGUCCAGCACCACCGAAACCCACGACACCUCAUUUGCAACCCCCGGCUAAACCUGUUCCUCCCGUUCAACCCAUCCAACGACCACCACCACCACCACCAGCACAACAACGUCCCAAACUGCUACCGCCUAAACAACCUCCACAGCCUACACCCCUGCGAGCACCUGCGCCUCCUGCAGCGGUUAAACCCAGACCUGUCGGCGUCCGCAACAACCAAUUCAACAGCUGCGACGACUUCGAAGAGCAAAUCGAAGCCUCCACGAUCCGCUUCUCGACGUCCGCGGAGAAUGGCACCAGCAAGAGCAAAACCAUCACCAUCAAGUUCAAAAAGGAGAAAGCUUCUGCACCUAGUCCUACUAACGUUCCCGGUCCUAAUCAGCAGCCGAGGCCGAUUGCGACCAGUUCCGCGAACAUGGUGUCAUCGAAUCAUGACUCCAACCACAAACCCAAGAAAGUGCCUUCCAUGGGAACUUCAAGCAGCAGCAAUUCCAAUUCCUUGGCACACUUGCAGCGAAAGAUGGGAUCGACUAAAUCCAACAUCAGCAAGAAAAGCAAACCACCUUCGAAUAAAUCUAAAGCGUCGUCCAAGUACGACCCGGAUGUAACUGUUGUUCCUGCGAAUCGCGUCAACGAUGCCAACCUGCUGCUCUCCCUGGCCGGAGAGAACGACGAAUCAUCUGAAUCGUACGGGUCUUCACCGGAAAUCGCGGGCAAGAAGAACAAAAGCAAAUCCAAGGUUCGUCGUUACAUUGAAGAUGAAGACGACGAAGAUGAUGUAUACGAGCGUGAAGACAUGGAUGAGUACCUGGAUUCGGAAGAGGACGACUUCGAUGACGACGAUGAAGAAGAGGAUUCGGAUGAAAACGAUUCCUCCUACCAGUCGAAUUCAGAGUUCAACACCUCUUUCAGCAAUAUCUCCUUCGCGGGAGACAACAGCAACGGAGCAUUCAACUUUGGUGGCAGUUCCUGUUCCACUCCGUUGCGGCAAACCUCCGGAGGUGCCUCGAAAACGUCUACCCCGAUCGGAUCGUUCCGCUAUCUCAAGAAACACGAAUCGAAUCUCUCGCUGGGUCAGAAUGAAGACUCGAUGAACUCGACCGUCGUGGAAAACAGCUACUUCCAGGCGGAGCAGGACGAAGAAGCCAAGCGGCGCCGGAAGGAGAAAGCUUUGGCCAUUAUCGACACUCAUCUGGAGAAACCGUUCCUAGAUCCGUUCAGCAGCGAACUGUGCAAAGCGUUCCUUACGAAAAUUGAAUUUCCCAUGCGGGAAAAUGAGGAUAACUACAAAGUUGUAAAUAGUAAUCUACCCAAGUUGGUCAAGUCACAGGCGGCGUCGCUCGGAGGAACAAUCUACAGUAUUGAGAAGGAAGUUGGUCGGGGUUCGUAUGGGUCGGUGUACCGAGCGGUGAACACCCACUCAGGGGCGGUGGUGGCCAUCAAGUAUCAAAAACCGGCAAAUUCAUGGGAAUUGUACAUUUGUACAGAAGUUAAGAAACGGAUAAAAAAUCCAGAUAUCCUCCCGGGAUUCAUGGAUAUCUGCUCGGCUGUGAUUGCACCGAACGCUAGCGUUCUGGUGUCGGAAUUCUCGCAGUAUGGUUCUCUGCUAGAUAUUAAUAAUACGAUACGUACGGCUACCACCAAGGUAAUGCACGAAUCGUUGGUCAUGCACUUCAGCAGCCAAAUCCUGGCAAUUGUGGACUAUUUGCACAAAUGCAACAUCGUACAUGCCGACAUCAAGCCGGAUAAUUUUCUGCUGAUGCAAAUACCAACGGUAGAAUCUGACAUACCGACGCUUCGGUUGAUUGAUUUUGGUUGUGCCAUCGAUAUGAAUUUCUUCGAAAAGAAGCGGCAAUUUAAAAAGGUCAUACAAACCGAUGGAUUCACGUGCAUCGAAAUGCAGGAGGGCCGACCGUGGUCAUUCCAAACGGAUCUGUUCUGUGUGGCGGGAACGAUCCACGUGAUGCUGUUCGGCGAGUACAUGCAGCUCACGAAGAAGUACGAUUCCGAUUGGGACAUCAAACAGAAACUGCCAAGAUAUCUCAAGAAGCACGUCUGGACUGAAGUAUUCCAAAAGUUACUGAACAUCAAGGACAUCGACCACAUGCCGAACUUGGGCACCUUGAAGGAACUGAUAGAUGCCGAAGCGUUUAACAUGGAAUCCGAGCUGGUCAAGCACAUACGAACGCUGUCCAAUUUGCUGAAAAGGCGUUAGGCGCCCGUCUACGGUAAGUGAUCGCUCUCCAUAUGAAAUGGACUUUGAAGUUUGCACGUAUCAUCCCGUUCUAGUAUUUUAAGUGCAAAUAGUGUAAAUAUUCAGCCAAAUCUGAAGAUGAUAAAUCAAAAUAUUUAUACCAUCUAGUGUUUAACUUAACAUGAGCAAACAAAAUUGGUAAUCCACAAUACUAAGCAGACAGAUGAGUGCUAGGAUUUAUCCCCCAUUGUAGGAUAGUAAACCAACUCGUAUAUGAAUCAACAUAGAAUAUGAAUUACGAUUGAUAAUGUAUAAAAACCUCUGCGUUUCUCGCCGGAGAUAUAUUUAUUUGAACCUUUCUCUAGGGAGAGUUUUAGGAGCACGUGAGGGAUCUUUAAAGUGAUUGAGAAGUACUGACAAAAUUGUAACAAUAAUGAUUGUAUUUUUUCUGGAAUUGAACAGGCACAUGCAGCAUUCGAUUGCAACUGUUAGUUUAAGUUGAAUUUCGACACAACAUGAUUUAAUUAAGUUUAUAGCGAAUUUACACAGAAUUUCUUUUAGCCCAAAGAGCAUCUGUUUCAGAGAAACAGAAAUGAAUUUCCUUCUCUUUUUUGAAUCCUUGGAACAAGCACAAACACAGGAUUGCUUGAUGGGAAGAUUUGUGAUUACUGCUGCAAGCCCGAGCCGUGUGGUUUUUAGUCAGAUUAGUGCAUUGUUUGUAAUUUGAAUCGAAAAUAGCAACGGAGGUAGACGCGUGCGCGUUGUAGACAUUUAUUGCAUAAUUAUUGGCACACGAAGAAGGUAUGUAAGCAUUAGAAAGGGAAAUAAUACAGAACUUGAAUAAAACUUU